AUGGGAGCCCAGUGGUCGCAGUUCUUCCCUCCUAAGCCAACCUUUACAGAGGCAAACGUCGACAAUCAAGAGGGCAAGGUCUUCAUCGUCACCGGCGGCGCCUCUGGCAUCGGCCUCGAAGUCGCCCGGGUUCUGUACCUCAAGAACGGAAAAGUCUACAUUGCCACGCGCUCCGAGGAAAAGGCUCGCAAAGCAAUCGCCGACAUCCAGGCCUCUGGCACCUCCAACGGCAGCCUCGAGUUCCUGCACCUGGACCUGGCCGACCUGGCCAGCAUCAAAGCCUCAGCCCAGGAAUUCCUGGCUAAGGAAUCCAAGCUUCAUGUACUCUGGAACAACGCCGGGGUCUCCCAGCCCCCCCUUGGGAGCGUCUCGGCCCAGGGCAUUGAGCUGCAGCUUGCUACAAACUGUCUCGGGCCGUUUGCCUUUACGCAGCUGCUUCUUCCUCUACUCAAAUCGACGGCUGCAGAUGAGGCCACGCCCAAGGGUUCGGUUCGUGUAGUCUGGCUUUCCAGCCAGGUCAUGGAGCUAUCUGCUCCUCCCGACGGCAUCAUCUUGAGUGAAGUCCAGACGCCUACCAAAGACCGAAACCGCAACUACACCAACUCAAAGACUGGAAACUACUUCCUCGCUACCGAGCUUGCUCGGAGAGAGGGUCCCUCAUCCAUCGUGAGCGUGUCUCUGAAUCCGGGCGCCAUCAACUCCAAUCUCCUGCGCCACACGCCUCAUCUCAAGUACCUGGCCUACCCGCUGCUGCACAAGCCCCGGAUGGGAGCUCUGAGCGAGCUUUACGCUGGGCUUUCGACGGACAUUGGCUUGGAGAACAAUGGAUGCUACGUCAUUCCUUGGGGGCGAAUCUCACACAAUGUUAGGGAAGACCUGGUCAAGGCCUCGAAACCCACCGAGGAGGGAGGGUCGGGAAGGGCCCAGGAGUUUUGGGAUUUUUGUGCCGAGAAGACGAGGGACUACCUGUAA